AAUGUCUUUCCUUUCUGUCCAGAAAACGGAGACUUCCUCGCUCUGGACCUCGGUGGGACAAACUUCCGUGUGCUUCUGGUCAAGAUUCGCAGCGGCAAGAGGCGGUCUGUGGAGAUGCAUAACAAAAUAUACGCCAUUCCCAUCGAGGUUAUGCAGGGAACGGGAGAGGAGCUCUUUGACCACAUCGUGCACUGCAUCUCGGACUUCCUGGACUACAUGGGGAUGAAGAGUGCCCGUUUGCCGCUGGGCUUCACCUUCUCCUUCCCUUGCCAUCAGACCAGCCUGGAUGCAGGAAUACUCGUGACCUGGACCAAAGGCUUCAAAGCCACCGACUGUGAGGGCGAAGAUGUGGUGGAGCUUCUGAGGGAGGCCAUCAAGAGGAAAGAGGUCAUU